AUGCAAUACCACCGUUUAAAACAGAUCAGAAGCCAUGUAUUCCCGUUGAACUGCCAAGAAGACCAGCAGAUUGUGAAACUUCGUAAUUCACUUCACGAAACCAAGCAACGCAAACUGCAGAAUUUAAUCAACCGUCAUGGUCGCAAACAUCCCGAAUCAAGACCUCAAGGAUUUAAAAACCUGUCAACCGAAACAUUUGAUCAAGGCCUGAUUAACAUCUUACAAAAAGGCCCAUCCUUCGUAAACCCCGAGCCCAAAGACUUGUUAAAACUCUGCUUAUUAUCAAGAGCUAAUUUACAACUAGCUACAGAUCGACUACAUCGUGACAACGCCCCAGAAGAUGCCGUUAACGAAUUUAAAGGAGGUAUGUCUCGUAUUAUUAAUCAAUGUGCCAAAUCAGGUCCUAAGAUAUUAAGACUUAAGAAAAUACCUUAUGAAUCCCCACCAGACGACGUCGUUAUAACCCCUUCUGAUAAAUCUAAACGACUAAUCGCAUUAAAUUCUACUCGCUAUCAAGAAAUG